AUGGACGAAUCGGAUUAUGAAAUAGUUGACGUUGAGACUGGGUCAGGCGAUGAAGUCUUGGAGAGCCUUAAUCUCCCGACAACCAAAAACAAAAAUAGGCCUCAUGUGGCUUGGCAAGGGAACGAAAAUAAUCUCAUCGGUAUAGUGGAUAUGGGAAGUAAUGGAAUCCGUUUCUCAGUCACAGAUUUAUCCGCUCCUCGGGCGCGAAUUCUUCCAACCGUUCUGGUUUACAGAUCCGGGAUAUCUCUCUACAGCUCCCAAUUUGAUCCGGAUUCUGGAGACCAGAUUCCAAUUCCGGAUCACAUAAUUGAAGCAGUCUGUGCCCUUCUCAAUCGGUUCCUCAUAGUAUGCCGGGAAGUUGGCGUCGACAAAAAGAACAUCCACGUUGUUGCAACAGAGGCAACACGCGCCGCCCUUAACACAGCACAGUUCUUGAAGGCAGUCAAGGAAGCUACAGGCUUGGACAUUGAGUUGUUACCUAAACAUGAGGAAGGCGAAAUCGGGGCCUUGGGUAUCGCGAGCGGCUUUUGGAAUAUGGAAGGCCUUGUCAUGGACUUGGGAGGUGGUAGUACACAACUCACGUGGAUGGUGAGCCAGGGCGGUAACAUCAGAAUAAGUCCGCGUGGAAGUUUCAGUUUCCCUUAUGGUGCAGCAGCACUUACGAAAAGGCUCCAUGACUUACGCAAACAUAAGAGUGUGGAUGAAGGGGAUGAGGCUGUUAAAAUGUUUCGAAAGGAAAUGAUCGAGAACUUCCGUUCCGCCUAUGGCAAUUUACAAAUCCCGGAAAUAUUGGUGGAAAGGGCACAAAGAGAAGGAGGUUUCAACAUCUACUUGUCAGGAGGCGGAUUCCGGGGGUGGGGUUAUUUGCUCCUGUAUCUCAAUCAAACUCAUGGCAGGCAUUACCCCAUAUCGAUCAUCAACGGGUACACCGCCGGGAGCGAUCAAUUCAAAGACACUCAAACCCUUAAGUCUGUCGCUCACGCAGCCAAAAACAUUUUCCGAGUCUCAGAUCGUCGAAGGGCCCAAGUCCCGGCUGUAGCAUUCUUGAUAAAUGUACUUGCUGAGGCUAUUCCUCAUGGGAUUAAGGAAGCACAUUUCUGUCAGGGAGGGGUCCGUGAGGGUUAUUUAUUUAAGCAAUUGCCUCCAUCUAUCAGGUCACAGUCACCUCUGGAAGUCGCCACUAGUACCUUUGCGCCUUGUUCACAUGAGCAGAUCCAAACUCUACUCAAAUUUGCGAUCCCAGCCCCUUCAAGGAAUCAAACGAGAAAGUUCCCCGAACAAUUCUGCGAACACGUCAUCAACUCAUUUGUAAACGUCAUAUAUGCCCAUAUGUUCAUGUCGAAAGAGACAGCUAGCGCGACGGCUCUCUACUCAACUAGCGUAGGAUUGAUGUCUGCGGCGCACGGAGUGUCACAUCAAGACCGUGCUCGACUUGCAUUAAUGCUCGAGUCGAGGUAUAGAGGCGAACUUCCUCCUCGGGAAUUAGAGUUCCGCGAUUCGCUACGGAAUUUGAUUACUCCUGAGGAAGUUUGGUGGGCGGGUUACCUGGGAAGAGUUGGAUACUUAAUCACACGAUUAUAUCCAGCUGGGGAAAUUAAUGAGGCUAAGCCAAGGGUGGUCUUUUCAGCAGACUGGUCAUCGGCUUUGGGCAAAACUAAGGAUAAGAACGGGUUGGUGCUCACCAUAUCGAUUCAGAAGAAGAAGGAUGACCCGGCAAAACUGAAACAGGCUCUCAAGGAGCAUGUUAACAUUAUUCAAAAUGUUGGGAAGAAAAAGAAUUGGACCGGCGAUGAUCCAUGGGGAAUGAAAGUGAAGGUGGAUAUUAUCGAAGAAGGAAUCUUGCAAAAUGAUUUUGUUGAUUGA